GAGGGGCAGCGGGCUGGGGCUGGCUGGGGAGACAGUUUCUGAAGGAUGUAGCCGUCGAUGUGCUGUUGCUAUAAUCGGUGUGCUUGUUCUUGCUCCCCCCUCUUUCUCCUCUCCAUGGCAGCAUUUGGAUGUUCGAAAGCUCAGAUUUGGGCUCAGCGCUGCUUGCUUGUCAGCAUGGCAAAGCCUCAGAGCAAGGAUUCUGGACUGAAGGAGAAGUUCAGGAAUCUCCUGGGGCUGGGAACAUCCCGGGGAAGUUCAAAGUCAUCGGAAGGCAAACAAACAGAGUUUAUCAUCACUGCAGAAAUACUCAAGGAAUUGAGCAUUGAAUGUGGAUUAAGUAAUAGGAUACGAGCAAUCAGUCAAAUUUGUGAAGUGGCAAAAACUAAAAAAAUUGAAGAGCACGCAGUGGAAGCAAUAUGGAAAGUGGUAGCUGAUAUGCUCCAGCCAGAGCGCCCCGCCGAAGCCAGACAUGCUGUUCUUCAUCUGCUGAAGUCAAUUGUUCAAGGACAGGGUGAGAGAUUAGGGAUCCUCAGAGCACAUUUCUUUAAGGUUAUUAAGGACUAUCCCUCCAAUGAAGACUUGCAUGAACGGCUUGAAGUGUUCAAGGCUCUAACAGAGAAUGGACGAUACAUCACCUACUUAGAAGAAGAGUUAGCUGACUUUGUACUGCAGUGGAUGGAUGUUGGUUUGUCUUCUGAGUUCCUUCUGGUUUUAGUGAACCUCGUGAAAUUCAAUAGCUGCUAUCUGGAAGACUAUGUAGCUGACAUGGUCCACAAAAUAUGCCUCUUGUGCAUUCAGACUUCGUCAUCUGUGGACAUAGAGAUUUCCUUGCAAGUCCUAGAUGCAGUUGUUUGCUAUAACUGUCUGCCAUCAGUGAACCUACCAGUAUUUAUCAUCACUUUGUGCCGUACCAUCAAUGUGAAGGAGCUCUGUGAGCCGUGCUGGAAGCUUAUGCGAAACCUUUUGGGAACUCAUUUGGGACACAGUGCCAUCUACAACAUGUGCAGGAUCAUGGAAGACAGAGCUUACAUGGCAGAUGCAGCACUGCUGAGAGGAGCUGUGUUCUUUGUUGGGAUGGCUCUGUGGGGUGCUCAUCGACUCAAUUCGCUCAAGAAUUCCCCAACUUCAGUGUUGCCUUCAUUCCUCAAGGCCAUGACGUGUCCCAAUGCAGUUGUAUCCUACGAGAUAGUUCUGUCCAUUACACGUCUAAUAAAGAAGUAUGGGAAGGAGCUCCAAGCUGUAACGUGGGAUAUCCUUUUGGACAUCAUGGAGCGAUUACUGCAGCAGCUGCAGAGUCUGGAGAGCCAAGAACUUAAGACCAUUGUGCAUGAUCUUUUGACUACAGUAGAAGAACUCUGUGACCAGAAUGAAUUCCAUGGCUCUGAAGAGAGAUUUUUUGAGCUGGUGGAAAGAUGUGCUGAUCAGAGACCAGAAUCUUCUGUAUUAAACUUGAUAACGUACAGAGCUCAGUCCAUUCAUCCUGCCAAAGAUGGCUGGAUUCACAACCUGCAGAUGUUAAUGGAGAGAUUCUUCAGGAAUGAAAGUCGUAGUGCUGUUCGCAUUAAAGUUCUGGAUGUCUUGUCCUUUGUCCUGAGUAUUAACAGACAGUUCUAUGAGGAAGAGCUGAUAAACUUGGUUGUGAUCUCUCAGCUGGCUCACAUUCCAGAGGAUAAAGACCAUCAAGUCCGAAAACUGGCCACUCAGCUACUCGUAGACCUGGCUGAAGGUUGCAACACACAUCACUUUAACAGUUUGCUGGAUAUCAUAGAAAAGGUGGCUGCACAUUCUCUCUCAUCGCCUUCUGAACUGGAAGAGAGGGACUUGCUAUCGUAUUCAGCUUCUUUGGAGGAUGUCAAGACAGCAGUUCUUGGUCUCCUGAUAAUUCUUCAGACCAAGCUCUACAGCUUACCCUCCAGCCACGCCAUGCGGGUGUACGAGAUGCUGAUUCACCACAUCCAACGCCAUUACAUCUACACCUACAGCCUUGCUGUUGCCAGCAGCAUCAGAUUGCAGGUGUUUGAUUUCCUGCUGAUGCUUCGAGCUGACUCCCUCCACCGUCUUGGCCUUUCCAACAAGGAUGGGGCAGUGAGGUUCAGCCCUUACUGUCUAUGUGAUUUUGUAGAAGCAGAGAAGAGGACUUCUGAGAAGAAGCCUGCUGGUACACUCUCUCCGCCUUCAGGAAGUCCCAGUGUGCCUUCCCAGAACGCCACCAUUCGGAUAGGACAUCUGCCAUACUCCAUGGUCUUUGGUGUCCUCCUGCAGUGUUUGAAGCAAGAGACAGACUGGAAGGUGCUGAAAUUGGUCCUCAACAAAUUACCUGAAUCCCUCCGCUAUAAAGUGCUAUUUUUAACCUCUCCUUGCAACAUAGACCUCCUGGCCUCUGCACUGAGCUACAUGCUCACAGACAAAAAGACUACGGACAGGCUUCAUGGUACCCCAGAAGGCUUUUCUCGCACGGAUUUGCAUCUGGCUGUAGUCCCAGUACUGACGGCAUUAAUAUCUUAUCAUAACUAUCUGGACAAAGCUAAACAGCGUGAAAUCGUGUAUUGCCUGGAACACGGUCUUAUCUAUCGCUGCGCAAACCAGUGCGUUGUGGCACUCUCUGUCUGCAGUGUCGAGAUGCCCGACAUCAUCAUAAAGGCACUUCCUGUCUUAAUAGUCAAAUUAACCCACAUUUCUGCUACAGCCAAUAUGGCAAUCCCCCUCUUAGAAUUUCUUUCAACUCUAGCAAGGCUGCCUCACCUCUACAGGAACUUUGCAGCAGAGCAGUACGCCAGUGUGUUCGCCAUCUCCCUGCCAUACACAAACCCUUCCAAGUUUAACCAGUACAUCGUUUGCCUGGCCCAUCACGUGAUAGCCAUGUGGUUCAUUCGCUGCCGCCUUCCCUUCCGAAAGGACUUUGUCCCCUACAUUACAAAGGGGUUGCGCUCCAAUGUCCUCCUUUCCUUUGAUGACACACCCGAGAAGGACAGUUUCAGGGCUCGCAGUACAAGCCUGAAUGAGAGGCCAAAAAGUUUAAGACUAGCCAAAAAUGCAAAGCAAGGCUUGAAUAACUCUCCUCCAGUGAAAGAGCUGAAAGAAUCCUCUGCAGUUGAUGCCUUCCGAUCCCGCAGCAUCAGUGUGUCUGAACAUGUGGUCCGCAGUCGGAUACAAACCUCCAUCACUAGUUCAAGCCUGGGCUCUGCGGAUGAGAAUUCAAUGGCUCAGGCUGAUGACAACUUAAAAAAUCUUCACCUGGAGCUCACUGAGACCUGCCUGGAUAUGAUGGCUCGAUACGUCUUUUCCAACUUCACGGCGGUGCCUAAGAGGUCUCCUGUGGGUGAGUUUCUGUUGGCUGGAGGAAGGACAAAGACGUGGCUGGUUGGUAACAAGCUGGUGACCAUCACUACAAGCGUUGGAACAGGGACAAGGUCCCUGCUUGGCCUAGACUCUGCAGACCUCCAAAGCAGCACAGAAUCAAGCUCAGACCCUGUUUUGCAAGUGAGACAAACUAAAGAAGCUCCAGCAAAACUGGAAUCUCAAGCUGGGCAGCAGGUUUGCAGAAGCUCUCGCAACAGAGUCCGCUCCAUGUCUGGUGGUCAUGCCUUACGUGUCGGUGCCUUAGACAGCUCAGCCUCCCAUUUUCCCAGUGGCUCGGCUUCCCAAGGGUCACAGGGUCCUCCUGCUCCUGCGUCUCGAUCAGAGAAGACUAAUCCUGCUCCACAGACACCUCUGCAGAAAGAAAAAGCAAACUUAGCUGCCUAUGUCCCACUGCUGACACAGGGAUGGGCAGAAAUCCUAGUGCGCAGACCCACAGGUAACACAAGCUGGCUGAUGAGUCUGGAGAACCCGCUCAGUCCAUUUUCUUCAGAUAUUAACAACAUGCCCCUGCAAGAGCUCUCUAAUGCACUCAUGGCUGCAGAGCGUUUUAAAGAACACCGAGAAACGGCUCUUUAUAAAUCCCUCUCUGUGCCCUCCUCCAGCCUGGCCACAGGGACAGCCAAACCGUCGCUGCUCCAGCGCUCCAACACAGUGGCCUCUUUCUCUUCCAUGUACCAGUCCAGUUGUCAAGGGAAGUUGCACAGGAGCAUAUCCUGGGCAGAGUCCGCAGUGGUGCUGGAGGAAGGGAGUCCCUCUGAAAUGGAGCUCAAGGAAACCGAGUCCCCAGCUGAGUCUCCAGAGAGUGAGGACAUUGAUACUUCAUGUUCUGAACAAGUCCUGAGCGAGGAGAGGUUUGGUAAACCCCAGGAGUCUUACAGCAGGUCCUCCUCAACCUCCAGCCAAGAAGAAAAAUCUCUGAAGUCAGAAGACCUGGUGGAGGGUGGAAUUCCCAUCGGGAGAGUCCUGCCGUCAGAGGAUGGCCGAACGCUGGAGGAGCUUUCCUUCCAGCCAUCCCAGCCCCUCAGCAAGUCGAGCUCUUCCCCUGAGCUACAGACACUGCAGGAGGUCCUCAAAGAUGCAAAUGGCAGAGAAGUAACAAGGAGGCUGAGCACAGAAGUGAAAUCAAAAUCCCAGUCUGGGAACCUGGAAGGGGAAGGGCUGGGCAGUUGGCUGGGCAAGGGGGAGGACACCAGAGUGACAGGGUCGGGUGGGUUGGAUGGCACCGGUCCUGUCACCUCACCUCGCUCCCCCUCCGGGCACCGGCCCCGAGGAUACACCAUCUCUGACUCAGCCCCAUCCAGGAGGGGAAAAAGGAUCGAGAGAGAUGCCUUCAAGAGCAGAACAGCAGCCUCCAAUGCUGAGAAAGUACCUGGGAUAAACCCAAGCUUUGUGUUUUUACAGUUGUACCACUCCCCGUUCUUUGGUGAUGAAAACAACAAGCCCCUUUUGCUGCCAAAUGAGACGUUUGAAAGAUCAGUGCAGCUCCUGGAUCAAAUUCCUUCGUACGACACGCACAAGAUUGCGGUGCUCUACGUUGGAGAAGGCCAGAGCAACAACGAAAUUGCAAUUCUGUCAAACGAACACGGAUCCUAUCGCUACACGGAGUUCCUGACUGGCUUAGGGAAGCUCAUUGAGCUCAAAGACUGUCAGCCAGAUAAAAUUUACCUUGGUGGCCUGGACGUGUGUGGGGAGGACGGACAGUUCACCUACUGUUGGCACGAUGACAUUAUGCAAGGGAUCUAUUACCAGCUGCAGGUAGUCCAGGAUUUCCCCCCCUCCCUCAGCUUUGUGUUUUUACAGUUGUACCACUCCCCGUUCUUUGGUGAUGAAAACAACAAGCCCCUUUUGCUGCCAAAUGAGACGUUUGAAAGAUCAGUGCAGCUCCUGGAUCAAAUUCCUUCGUACGACACGCACAAGAUUGCGGUGCUCUACGUUGGAGAAGGCCAGAGCAACAACGAAAUUGCAAUUCUGUCAAACGAACACGGAUCCUAUCGCUACACGGAGUUCCUGACUGGCUUAGGGAAGCUCAUUGAGCUCAAAGACUGUCAGCCAGAUAAAAUUUACCUUGGUGGCCUGGACGUGUGUGGGGAGGACGGACAGUUCACCUACUGUUGGCACGAUGACAUUAUGCAAGCCAUUUUCCACAUUGCUACUCUGAUGCCCACGAAGGAUUUGGAUAAAUAUCGCUGCGACAAGAAAAGGCACCUUGGGAAUGAUUUUGUGUCUAUUGUUUACAACGAUUCUGGAGAAGACUUUAAGCUGGGAACAAUAAAGGGUCAGUUCAAUUUUGUGCACGUUAUCAUCACACCACUUGACUAUGACUGUAACCUGGUGACGCUGCAGUGCCGGAAAGACAUGGAGGGUCUCGUGGACACGAGCGUCGCUAAGAUCAUCUCUGAUAAGAACCUGCCCUUUGUAGCCCGUCAGAUGGCCCUGCACGCUAACAUGGCUUCCCAGGUUCAUCAUAGUCGAUCAAACCCUACUGACACCUACCCAUCCAAAUGGAUUGCCAGGCUGCGCCAUAUCAAGAGGUUAAGGCACCGGCUACGUGAAGAAACCCAGUACCAGACCCCUGGCCUUCCCCUGCAGAUGCAUCCGUCUGCUCCGACAAAGACCCCUCCCCAGAUCCCUCAGGAUCCUCCACCCACCUACGAGACCGGACAGAGGAAGCGGCUCAUCUCCUCGGUGGACGACUUCACGGAGUUCGUGUAGGUGCCGGUGGGUCGCUGUGUCUGUGCUGGGACAGACGAGGCCACGGGAGAGUUUUACCUGCGUGUGGACCCCGUGGGGCUGCAGGGACAGAGAGGAGAGGGUUUGGCAGGCGCAGCGUGGCCCUGCUGUUUGCAUGUGGACUCGGCAUUGAACCGCACCGGGAGGCUCGAACGUUUCUCCAUCUCAGCCCACCACUGUUGUCUGGCGAGGACACCAUCCCCAGCAGAUGCUCCAAGAGAGGACCAACUCUACGUGUCUUGUUUUUUAUUUGGUUUGAGCUAUUUCAAAGCUUCUGUCUCUGAUGGGAACUUUCUUGCAGAACCUUUCUUUGGACUCCUUCCACACCAGCGUCUGGUGGGAGCAGACAAAGUGUGAUAUUCUGCAGUUCAUCACGUAGUUGGAAGGUGCUGGAAUUGUGGGAAUUUUGUCAACUUUGUUGAGAAUGAAGUAUGAAGUAUUGAAAAUCCAGUCACUAUUUCUAAGCACCCUGGAAUCCCAGCUCCUCUCCAGGCCUCGGUGCCUCUCAGCACUUGAACUCUUCAGGCUCUCAGACUUGUUCUGCUGCCAGCUCUGCUAAAAGAGUUAAUUUGGGUUCUCAAAUGACCUGCCAAACCUGCUGCUUCAAUUCCCAAGGAUUUUGUCUCCAUUUUGAGAGAUUCACAGCAAACCUCCCCUUAUUCAGCAGAAAUGAUUUUGCUCCCAGCAGUAACACAGACCAGGGGGGUGGACACCACUCGCUGGAGCAGCAGAAGGGCAGGAGCUGGGCCAUGAAUUACUUGGGAUGAAGAGUCUGACCCUCGGGGCUGACUGGAGGAGUGUAGCCAGGGGGCCAGACCUGACUUCUGGGGUCAGCUGCAGAACUUCCUCUGGUUGCAGCGAUGCUGGGGGUAACUCUUGUCCUUCCCUGGGCACCCGGUAAAUCUCUUGUUGAAAGACUGUUGACAUAUCCUGGGGGGGCAUCAUCUGGAGUGAGUUUCAGCGCGUGUGCCUCCAGGUGGAAUGGGAUUAUGUAGCCCAUCUUACGGUAAGAUGGUCCUCAGACACUACACUACCCAACUGGGAGAAACCCUGUAAGCUGGACUAUACUGUGAGUACUUUAUCUCCUGCUUUGUAAAAUAAAAGGGGGGGAGAACUGCUCUUUAGUUCACAGCCAACGGCAGCGCCCUCGCCGCGGGGGUGAAGACAAGUGCAAUCUGCACACCCAACUGUGAAGUGACAGGGGAGGGGACAAAAGUGAUGCUACGAGCUUGUGCAGGGCUGUUUGGGAACGCUAAGUGUACGUUUGUGUUUUGAGUGUUCAUAAGUCGUAAAGGAAAUAAAAUAUUCGUAUGGUCGGUGGGUUCUUGCUGGCCUGGGAAGAUUCAAA